AUUACCAAAUCAACAAUAGCCAGUGAUAAUUAAAUGAGUGGUUUGAAAGGGAAUAGUGGAGUUGAGCACCAUUUCACUGUUAUUACGAUGAAAAGGAAACGACAAAGGCCAGUCUCGGCUUGCUAGAAUACGUGAAAUGGCUGAUUUUACCUGGUAUCCUUCAAAUGGAAAGGCUUACUCCAUGAUGAGCAACAAACAUGCAGAAAGGGAAAUUACUUUGUAUUCACUCGCAGAUGUUCAGCUAAGGUUUCUAUGCCCUGCGGAUCUAGAUGAGGUGCGAACACGCUGCCAAGACUGGUUUCCCAUUGAGUACCCACUGUACUGGUAUGAGGAAAUUACCUCCAGUAACAGUCACUUCUACUCAUUGGCCGCAGUGUAUCAGCAGCAAAUCAUCGGACUGAUAGUGGCGGAAAUCAAACCUCACUCCUACUUGAAUGACGAAGACACUGGCAUAUUGGCGAAAUGUUUUAGUGAUUGUGAUAUAGCCUAUAUCCUCUCCCUGGGUGUAUUGAAAGAGUACAGGAGGAAUGGCAUUGCCACUCUGCUGCUGGAUUCGCUGCUGAAAAACUUAAUGACCCCGGAAAGGCGGAAGGUAAAAGCUGUUUUUCUACAUGUAUUAACCACGAAUUCAGCAGCAAUCCAUUUUUAUGAGAGAAGAAAAUUCAGACUUCAUGCCUUUUUACCGUACUAUUACUCGAUUAAAGAGCGAUACAAAGAUGGGUUUAUGUAUGUUUUGUAUAUCAAUGAUGGACAACCUCCAUGGACUUUAUACGAUUAUAUAAAAUUCAUGUGUGGACGAGUAGCGAACGGAGCAGGAUUUUUUCCAUGGGUGCUCCUUAACGUGCACAAGGCUUUGGGAUGGUUGUGGGGACAUCACGAAUCAACCGAACAAGAUCAUCACUAACCACCGGCUAGUCCACAAUAUGAUCACGAUCAUUUCGAUGAUACCAAUUUUAGUUCUCUGUACCUGCAGUUUUCUGCCAAAAAUAUGUAUAGCGAAUUUAGAUGAAUUUUACCGAAAUAACCGAUCACCAAAUUUCACAGUUUGCUUCUAAGGUAUUUAUGAAAAUUACUAUAUAAAGUGAUAUAAUGUUUAUAUGUUGAUUAGUUUUUUGUUAUUUAGUUGUAUUUACAUUUUCUAUACUAUGUUAAACACAAUGAAACCUCCCAAGCUUACUGGUUGAAUAAUAAAAUUUUCCAAUUAUAA